AUGGAGGAGAAGGGCUGGGGCCGCACAGUCACCCCCAACUGGCUGAGAAAUCCGCAGCUCUUGCAAGCCCUGCUGGACGCAGAGAAGAACAACCCCGACGAGUUCUGCCCAGUGCCGCAACACUACAUGGAGCUCACGCAACUGUUCCUCCGAAGCUGCCAGAAUACGGACCGACCCAUAUCGCAGCAGGUGCUCAGCCUGGUGGACUUGUUGUGGAGCGUCCGCGCUGAGAAGAGGAGGGCGGGUGUCGAGGGUGCUGAUCUCGUCAACACCCUCGCGUUCAGACUGGACAACCUUACCAUGUUGGAGGCCAACCACUUUCGACGAAUUGCCCAGCUCGCGUUGGACUUCAACCUCGAUGCGAAGAUGGCCUUCGAAGGGGAGGUGUCACCUCCCGAGCUCGAAUCGCUCAACCGACGGCGAGGAAACCUGGCCGAGCUGCUUGGUUUGGGCAACAUCCCCCGGCUGUCCCAAUCUGAUCUCUACUCAGGUCAACGCUUCUCCCGAUCCACCUUCGAAGGCAGCGACCAGAGCGGGACGUCGGGCGCCACGAGCCAGCAGAGCGGCGGCACAGGUGAAGAAGACGAAGACGAAGACGACCUUUCGCGCAGGCCAUGGAUGGGAGGUAGCGCUGGCGCACCGCCCUCGAACAAGCUACGAAGACUUUAG